CGUUGAAUUAUCAUUGAUCCAUUUAACGUUUUUACCUAAUAUAGGAGUCUUCCAUUCAAUCCUUUUUAUCUUAAAGAGAAGGGCUCUUCCCCUCCACAUUUACCUUCUCUUUAUUUUUUGGGUACAAACACAUUUACCUUCUCAAUUUCAUAGUUUUAGAGGGGUUUUCUUUGCUCGCGUCCUCACUCUUGACUCUUGGGGGGAUUCUUAGGAAGAAACGAGGAGGAUUAAAAAAGGAGCGAAAGAUAAUAAAUUUGGUGGUGGGGCAGCCAAGUUGUUUAGCGGGCCAUGGUCAAAGGUUCCUGUUUGCGGCUUUUGCUUGGCUUUAUAAAAGAUUAAAACUUGACACCCUGAUACUGCAUUCUUGUUUCCCUCGACAAACAAGUUCAUGAUGGGUCACUCCAUUUCUGAUGGAUUUGGAAAUAAGGAAUUGGAUGCGGCCAGCCUUCCCUCCUCACAAGGCCAGAGAGAGAAUCCACACUCUAUCUACAAGGUUGGAUUCCCCCCUCGGAGGAAUUUCUUUAGAGAGUUCAAAGAUACUUUGAAGGAAACAUUGUUUGCGGAUGACCCUUUACACCCUUACAAGGAUCAAACCAGAUCAAGGAAGCUCAUACUAGGCCUGCAAUUUAUUUUUCCAAUACUUGAGUGGGGAAGAGACUACAACUUUAGUAAGCUCAAAGGAGAUAUUAUUGCUGGACUGACGAUUGCAAGUCUCUGCAUCCCUCAAGACAUUGGAUAUGCAAAGCUUGCAAACAUGGACCCACAAUAUGGGCUCUACUCCAGUUUCGUUCCCCCACUGGUUUAUGCAGUAAUGGGUAGCUCAAGGGAUAUGGCUAUUGGACCAGUGGCAGUCGUGUCUCUCUUGCUCGGUACUCUUCUUCAGAAUGAGUUUGAUCCUGUGACAGAAAAGGAGGAAUACAUCCGGCUUGCAUUCACAGCAACCUUUUUUUGUGGUAUCACUCAAGCAGCAUUGGGAUUCUUCAGAUUAGGCUUCCUCAUUGAAUUCCUGUCUCACGCUGCCAUUGUUGGAUUCAUGGGUGGAGCAGCCAUUACAAUUGCUCUUCAACAGCUAAAAGGAUUUCUUGGUAUAAAAAAUUUUACCAAGAAUUCUGACAUAAUUUCUGUUAUGAAGUCUGUGUGGGGCUCUGCUUCCCAUGGGUGGAACUGGCAGACAAUACUGAUAGGGUCAACCUUCCUGGCAUUCCUUCUGUGUGCUAAGUACAUCGGAAAGAAGAAAAGGAGACUUUUCUGGGUUCCUGCAAUUGCUCCAUUGAUCUCUGUUGUUCUAUCCACCUUUUUUGUGUACAUAACACAUGCUGAGAAGCAUGGUGUUCAGAUUGUGAAACACAUAGAGAAAGGCAUCAACACAUCAUCUGUUAAUAAAAUUUAUCUGACUGGUUCGUAUGCCACCAAAGGUUUCAGAAUUGGACUGGUAGCUGGAAUGGUAGCUUUGACGGAAGCUAUAGCAAUUGGGAGAACAUUUGCUGCUGCCAAGGACUAUCAGUUGGAUGGAAACAAAGAAAUGGUAGCUCUGGGAACUAUGAACGUCAUUGGUUCAAUGACUUCUUGCUAUGUUGCCACAGGAUCUUUUUCAAGAUCAGCGGUAAAUUCCAUGACUGGCUGCCAAACAGCAGUCUCCAAUAUGGUUAUGUCAGCAGUAGUACUUCUAACCUUGGAACUAAUCACACCUCUCUUCAAAUACACCCCGAAUGCCAUCCUUGCGUCUAUCAUCAUAUCAGCCGUGGUUGGCCUAAUUGACUAUGAAGCUGCAUUUCUCAUCUGGAAAGUUGAUAGAUUAGAUUUUGUUGCCUGCAUGGGAGCUUUCCUUGGUGUGAUCUUUGUAUCAGUUGAGAUUGGCCUGUUAAUUGCUGUCUCAAUAUCACUCGCUAAGAUCCUUCUGCAAGUAACAAGGCCAAGAACAGCUUUACUUGGGAAUCUUCCAAGAACUUCAAUAUAUAGGAACAUCGAACAAUAUCCUGAGGCUACCAAAGUUCCAGGAGUUCUGAUUGUGAGAGUUGAUUCUGCCAUCUACUUCACCAACUCCAAUUAUGUCAAGGAGAGGAUCCUAAGAUGGUUGAGAGACGAAGAAGAACAACUUGAAGCAAAACAACUACCAAGGAUCGAUUUCUUGAUUGUCGACAUGUCACCGGUGACUGACAUUGACACCAGCGGUGUCCAUGCCUUCGAAGACUUGCACAAGAGUCUUCAAAAGCGCAGCGUUCAGCUUGUUCUUGCCAAUCCUGGUCCCAUUGUGAUCGACAAGCUCCACUUGGCCAAGUUCACAGAGCUCAUAGGCCAUGACAUGAUCUUCUUGACAGUUGGAGCGGCUGUGAUGACUUGUGUUCCAAAGGCAAGGGAAGAUGUAUGAAGGAAGGAGAAACCUAGUUAUCUUAGGAUCAAACUACUGAAUUAGCUACAUAAGUGAGAAAAUUGCUCACUUGGAAUGAAUUCUGAGAAUGAGUGCAGUAGCUCCUGUCGAAGGAUUAGUCCAAGAGCUCUAUAACAGGAGGUGGAGGGUAAAGGCGAGGGUGAUGUUAUCGUGGACACCUCAAUUACUGAGUGGGGUAGUUUGCCUGUUUGGAUCGUUCACUUACUAAAGUUGCGGGUUGAUUUGGAACUGUGGUUUUGUGGAUAAGAUUGGAGAUGAAAGUCCAAA